AUGUGGAAUUUCCUGGAGAGGACCGUGGAGAUCCAGAUAUCUAACAGCACCCGGAAUGUCACCCUGGAGAACCCCAGGACCUACUUCUACAGCUCCUCUGACACCUGCCAGUUCUCCAGCCCCCUGUUCCGCGGCUGUUGUGGAGUCCUGGUCUAUGAGGCCACCACCUUCACCAUGGCCAUCUUCUUCUCCAACCCCCUGGACUACAACCGCUUUGCCAUGGAGCUGGGCCUGGAACUGUCCCUGCUCAAAGCUCACCUGGGCAGCUUGGAGGACACCUACAGCCGCAUGUCCCAGAUGAGGACGUCCUUUACAACCAACGGGAGCACUGCGUGCUGCCACGUCACCCUGGACACCUGCCAGGAGCCCGUCCAGAAUUUCCCAUUCCUAAAACUUAGCCAGAUGGAGGGAGAGACUGAGAGAAAGAGGAAGAUGCCCCAGGACACCCAGGCAGAGAAGGUGCUGAGGAUGGAGACCAGGGAGGACAAAUCCCCAUGGCAGAACCUGGAGGAAGAGGCCAUUUUGAGCAGCUCCAUGACACAGGAAUUCAAUGGGGAGGAUAAUUCCCAGAGAUUUCAAAGGAAGAGGGGCUCCAAACUCAGCCCAGGGUGCGCUGAGGAGGAAAGAGCCACCCUGAGUCAGGAAGGUGGAGAAAGCUUCAGCCAGAGCACAGAGCUGGUGGUUCGUGAGCAGCUUCAUGAUAGGGAGAAGCCCCACAAGUGCUUGGAGUGUGAGAAGAGCUUCAGGCAGCGCAGCACCCUGAUCUGCCACCAGAUGAUCCACACCGGGGAAUGGCCCUACGAGUGUGGGGAGUGUGGGAAGGGCUUCAGUUACAGGUCCACCCUUGUGACCCACCAACGCAUCCACACCGGGGAGAGGCCCUACGAGUGUCCCGAGUGCCAGAAGAGCUUUCAGAUAAGCUCUGAUCUCCUCAGGCACCAGCUCAUUCACACUGGGGAGAGGCCUUUCUGCUGCCCUGAGUGUGGGAAGGGCUUCAAGCGCAAGUCCCACCUCAUCAUCCACCAGCGCAUCCACACUGGGGAGAGGCCCUACGAGUGCCCCACCUGUGGGAAGAGGUUUCAGACCAGCUCAAACCUCCAUCUGCAUGAGCGGAUUCACACAGAGGGGAGGCCCUUCCGCUGCCCUGACUGUGGGAAGGGAUUCAAGCAUAAGUUCACCCUCAUCAGGCACCAGCGCAUCCACACAGGGGAGAGGCCCUUCCAGUGUCUCCAGUCUGGGAAGAGUUUCACCCAGCGCUCUGACUUGACCAGUCAUGAAUGGAACCACCGGUAA